UUAAAUUAAUCAAGUACAGUUCAAGGAUAAACAAAAACGUACAUAAUCAUACGUACAACGUACACUUUAAAAGAAAAUCAUUCGAGUUUUGUUUGAUAAUUGUGUAAAUGUAAUUAAUAUUUGGAAUUUUCCUUAAAAUAAUCAUCAGAUAACAUUUUUUUUAAAAAUGGAUGAUUUAUCAGUAACAUUAAUCGUAAAAGCUCCAAAUCAACAAAUUGAAGAUCAAAUAAUUCAGUGUGAACUGUCAUGGACAAUAAAAAAAUUAAAAACUUAUUUGUCAGAAGUUUAUCCUAGUAAACCCGGGGUUCACGAUCAAAAACUCAUCUACUCAGGUCAAUUGCUAGCAGAUUCACUAAUUCUAAAGGAUAUACUGAGACGUUAUGAAGGACAGGAAACUCAUACAGUACAUUUAGUUUGCACUCCAUCAAAAUAUUACCAAUAUACAAAAACUCCUGUCAAUAUUAUGAAACCUUCACCUAGUAAUCCAAUUCCCAGUACAAGUACAAGUGGUACAAGUAGCCCGAGUACUUCUGCAGAUGUAUCUACAACACCAAAGAUGAAAUGUGAUGAUAAAACCAGUACUAAAAUUAAAUCCAGUGAAAAUGCUGAAAGUGUAGCAUCGUGUUCAAAGGAGCAACCUACUAAUUCUUCAAAUGUACAAAAACAAGAAACAAUCACUAGUCAAAAUCAAUCUUCUGGUAGUCGACUGGAAGAAGAAAAUCAAGUACCUAAUCCACAAAUGUUAUAUAGUAUGAAUAAUCAAGUAUAUGCCGCUCAAUUAGCGAUGUUUCAACAACAUUAUAUUAACUACAUGAAUCAUUACAUGAAAAUGUAUGUAAAUCAAAUGCAAAAUGUAGAUGCACAGAAAAUGUUACAUGGAAAUAUUCCAGAAACAAUUGCUAAUAAUCAAGCUGAUGAAAAUCGAGUACCUCCAGUUGCUGAGGCUGCUGUUAGAGGACCAGAACCUGUUCAAAAUGUAAAUGCAGCCGAACAAGAUGAAGGAAUUAUUGAUCGUGAUUGGUUAGAUUGGUUUUACGUUUUAAGUAGAUUAACAGUUCUACUCAGCAUUGUUUACUUCUAUUCAUCACCGUUAAGAUUUAUAAUUGUGUUUCUCCUAGGAUGUACAAUGUAUUUAUAUCAAAUUGGAUUUUUCCGAGUACCACUAGAAAAUAAUAACGCCAUAAACAAUAAUGUGGAUCCGAUUGUAGAAAAUAACAACAAUAGAAGAAAUGAUGCUCAAAGAGAACAACGACCUGUUCGAGAGAAUCUUGUACAAGGUGAUCAUGCGAAUAUUGCAUCUACACCAUCUCAAGCACCAAUACAAAUGGUACCUGAUCGACCGACUGUUCUUGGAGUAAUGUGGACAUUCUUUACUACAUUUUUUGCAUCAUUAAUACCAGAAAUUCCGAAUGCCAUAUAAAUUGAUUUUAUAUAUAUUAUGUAUGAAAAUUUAGUACCACAAAAGAAACAUUGUAUAUGAAAUCGAUUGAAUAGGUGCUUUCUAUUGAACUUUUUAUAGAUGGGAAAUUAAAAAAAAAGAAGUAUAUAUAUAAAUAGAUUUAAAAAUAAAGUGAUAUUUAUGAGUUAUUAAAAAUUGUUCAUUAUAUUUCAUGUUGUGAUAUAUUCUAACUAUAUCACAAUAUUGGGUCUGUCUAGCUGUGCGUCCACAAAUAGGUAUGUCACUUUUACUUCUAAAAUCAAUGUCUUUAU